GAAGAAAAGACUUUCGGUGGCGACGGUACGAAAAUCGGUCGCGUUUGUAGAUAGGUGAAAACUGAAAAUAAUAUAAACAAUCGGUGCUGCAUAAAAUAGGUUGAGUGCGAGUAUUACGCAUACGCCGGGUGUGUCGGAAUUCGGGAUUGCUGAGUAACUCCCGGAAUCGCUGCGAAAUGGCUGCCAUGCAGUCUGGCGGAAGACCCCGCGAACGCCUACUUUAUGCCUUCCGUGGAUGGAUUGCCUUUGUGGCCUUCAUGGACUUGGGUACGGCUUUUCGUAGCUAUAUAGAAAGGCGGAGUUUUUUGGGCGACCACAGUGAUACACAGUUUAUAGAGGGUGACUACACCAUAUCCAGAAUAAUUGGGAUGUACUGCCUGCUCAAGGCCAUCGCUCUAGUCCACUGCACCCUCUACAUCCACUACAGACCGGUCGUCAGCAUGGGCGGUUGCUCCUUAGCACUUACCAUGGUCUUCUAUGCUACUGAGGCGCUCUACUUUCGCUCUAGCACCAUCAACUUCUACGUGAUCUUCCCUUGCGUGUUAAAUUCCAUAACUUUAUUGGGCCUAAUAAUAAUACCCAAACGACUGAGACUCUGGGAGCCAAACAUGGACCUGGAUGACGAAAAUUCCCAACUUCUGAAGCAGAUGACGGGUUUUAAGAGACGACGUGCGAAAAAAACAUAAUUGAAUGUUUGAGAAAAUUGAAAAGCAAGAAGGGAAACCAAAUUAGUUUCCAUUAGCACAGUAUUGUGAAGGAAUCGCAAAUUUUCCGCUUUGGACUGCAUUGGUGUGAUAGAAAUGGCAUCAAGUUCAUCAAUAUAUACUUAAUAGCAAUACUGAAAACAACGCCAAAUUAGUGAUUUUCUACGAACUAGUUACGAAAGGGACGCGAUGGUCCCGGAAUAAGUCAAUUUCUGGCAUAAUCACUUCAAGACAUAUGUUGUACUUCCUUUUUAUAAACCAUAUUUAUAUACAUUUAAAAAUGUAUAGCACAAUAGAGUUUUUGCACUUUUAAAAGUUGAAAAUCGAUAUUAGGAAUUAUUCAAAAUUAUCAGAGUUAGCACCCAAGUUAAACAAUUCAAAUCGAAAGGCUUUAAAUUUACAAAUAAGUUAAUAAUCAUUUUAUUUAGUGUUACGUUGGACUUUUCCAUUAUAUAUACGGAUACAAAUAUAUGGAACAUGCUUCCGGAUCGAUCCUAAAAUUAAGCAAACGCAUAGUUGAACAUUUUAUACUCAUCACAUAUGAUUAAAAGUUAUAUACAUAGAGAAUAACAAUAAUAGUUUUGUACGCAUUAUGUAGAGUAUGUUUGAAAAUAAAAUUUGAAUUUCCAAAAAA